AUGGCACAAUGGUGGCAGAUCCUCUUGGGGUUGUGGACAGCCCUGCCCACCUUGGUGAGGGACAAGCUGUUCAACGUCUGCAUGAAUUCCAAGCGCCACAAGCAAGAGCCUGGCCCAGAAGACAAGCUUUAUGGGGCGUGCAUACCCUGGAAGGACAAUGCCUGCUGCACACACUCCACAAGCUGGGAAGCCCACCUUAAUGGGCCCUGGGUCUUGAACUUCAGCAUAGUGUGCUGUGGACUGUUGACCCUGGACUGUCAAAAGCACUUCAUCCAGGCCCUCUGCUUCCAUGACUGUUCCCCCAGCCUGGGGCCUUGGAUCCAGCCAGUGGUCCCAAACAGGCAGGAAGAGCAGCGGGUUUGGGACAUGCCACUGUGCCAGGAAGAUUGUGAGGGAUGGUGGAAAGCCUGCCGCUCAUCUCUCACUCGUAAAUCCAACUGGCUCAACAGCUGGGACUGGAGUCCGGGGAAGAACCACCGCUCAGUCCAUGCACCCUGUCUCCCUUUCUGAUACUACUUCCCCACCUGUGAUGACCUGUGUGAGAAGAUCUAGAACAACACAUUCAAGGCCAGUCCUGAACACAGGAAUAGUGGGUGGUGUCUGCAGAAGUGGUUUGAGCCCACCCAUGGCAACCCCAACACGGAAGUGGCCCUCCAUUUCGCCAGCUCUGCCUCAGCCAGGCGGCUCUCUUACAGCCUCGAAGCCUUCUCUCUGCACCUGCUGCUCCGUCCUGAGCCCCCUCCCUCUCUUACCCACAUUUCCUGA